AUGCGAGCGGCCAGGCGAGCGGCCAGGGGAGCGGCAUUGCGAGCGGCCAGGCGGCCCGGCGCUCAGAGCCAGCGCUCAGGUCCGGCGCUCAGAGUCGGCGUUCAGAGCCGGCGCUCAGAGCCGGCGAUCAAAGACGAGCGGCCAGCCGAGUGGCCAGGUGAACGACUAGGCGAGCGACCAGGCGAGCGGCAAGGCGAGCGGCCAGGCGAUCCGGCGCUCAAAGCCCGUGCUCAGAGCCGGCGCUCAGGGCCCGUGCUCAGAGCCGGCGCUCAGAGCCGUCGCUCAAGUCCAGUGCUCAAAGCCGGCGCUCAAUGCCUAACGGCCAGCCGAGCGGCAAGGCGAGCGGCCAGGCGAGCGGCAGGGCGAGCGGACAGGCGAGCGGCCAGGCGAGCGGCAAUGCGAGCGGGCAGGCGGGCGGCAAUGCGAGCGGCCAGGCGAGCCGGUGCUCAGAGCCGGCAGUCACAGCCGGCGCUCACAGCCGGCCUUCAGAGCCGGCGCUCAAAUCAAAGCGGCCAGGCGAGCGGCCAGGCGCGCGGCCAGGCCAGCCGGCGCUCAAAGCCGGCGCUCAAAGCUGAGCGGCCAGGCAAACAGCCAGGCGAGCGGCCAGAGCCGGCGUUCAGAGCCGGCGCUCAGAGCCGGCGCUCAGAGCCGGCGCUCAGAGCCGGCGCUUUGAGGCGGCGCUCAGAUCCGGCGCCGAGCGGCCAGGCGAGCGGCCCGGCGAGAGGCCAUGCGAGCGGCCAGGUUGAGCGGCCAGGCGAGCAGCCAGGCGAGCGGCUAGGCAAGCCGACGCUCAGAGCCGGCGCUCAGAGCCGGUGCUCAGAGCUGUCGCUCACAGCCGGCGCUGAAAGCGGGCGCUCAAUGCCGAGCUGCCAGCCGAGCCACCAGGCGAGCGGCCAGUCAAGCGGCAAUACGAGCGGCAAGGCGAGCGACCAGCGCUCAAAGCCUAACGGCCAGCUGAGCGGCAAGGCGAGCGGCCAGGCCAGCAGCCAGGUGAGCGGCCAGGCGAGCGGCCAGGAGAGCGGCCAGGCAAGCGACCAGGUGAGCGGGCAGGCGAGCGGCCAGGCGAGCAGCCAGGCGAGCGGGCAGGCGAGCGGCCAGGCGAUCGGCAUUGCGAGCGGCAAGGCGGCCUGGCGCUCAGAGCCGGCGCUCAGGUCUGGCGCUCAGAGCCGGCACUUAGAGCCGGCGCUCAAAGACGAGCGGCCAGCCGAACGGCCAGGCGAACGACAAGGCGAGCGGCCAGGCGAGGGGCCAGGCGAGGGGCCAGGCGAGCGACAAGGUGAGCGGCCAGGUGAGCGGCCAGGGGAGCGGCCAAGCGAGCGGCCAGACGAGCGGCAAGGCGAGCGGCCAGGCGAGCGGCCAGGCAAGCGGCCAGGCGAGCGCCCAGGCGGGCAGCCAGGCGAACGGGAAGGCGAGCGGACAGGCGAGACGGCGCUCAAAGCCGGCGCUCAGAGCCGGCGCUCAGGGCCGGCGCUCAGAGCCGGCGAUCAGAGCCGGCGCUCAGAGCCUGCGCUCAAAUCCACUGCUCAAAGCCGGCGCUCAAACCCGAACGGCCAGCCGAGCGCCAUGGCGAACGGCCAGGCGAGCGGCCAGGCGAGCGGCCAGAUGAGCGGCCAGGCGAGCGGCCAGGCGAGCGGCAAUAUGAGCGGCCAGGCGAGCCGGCGCUCAGAGCAGGCACACAAAGCCGGCGCUCACAGCCGGCGCUUACAGCCGGCCUUUAGAGCCGGAGGUCGACGCCAAAGGGCCAGGCGAGCGGCCAGGCGCGCGGCCAGGCGAGCCGGCGCUCAAAGCCGGCGCUCAAAGCCGAGCCGAGCGGUCAGGUGA